UGGGGUUGAUUUUAACGGGGAGUAGCCUAACCCGGGCUCUCUUUACAUAUGGAUGUACUGGACGCUCUUCAGUCGCUCUGAGCUUCGGACGCGGAUGGGUUCGGUGGUUCAUCUCUCCUCCCGCCGGUAUCUUCUCACUUGUGCUUAACUAUUUUUAAAAGGAGACGAACGUGAGAAAGUACGCGUCACUUUUCCCCCUCGUUUGGAGAGGACGGUUUUUGACGGAGCACGAAGCUUGAUACUAAGGUGGAUCUCUCGCUUGUAGGACGUCUUUUAAAAGUACAAAGUCAGCGGCUCUGACGUCUUGUGACACUGGGGAAAGGCUCUUGUCAGCCUGAAGCGAAGGGUCACUGAGCUCAGACACUCUUCUUCCACUGACUCACAAAUUGCACACUCACGGGGGGGGAGUCACACACUGACACAUCAGUGCAACGACGCAGACACUCAGUUUACACACUUGGGCAAACACACAUACCCUCAUCCUUGCACAUAGACAUCCAAACACAGGCCCCUUGAGCAGGAUGAGGGAACCUUGGAGGUACCUGCUGGGCCUGUGCCUCCUGGCAUGCUCAACCUUCACCCACAGUGCCGCUAAUCCCUUCGCAGGACAGCAGACUCCUCCAGACCCCUGCUAUGAUGACACCGGUGCAGCACGCCGGUGUAUCCCUGAGUUUAUCAAUGCUGCCUUCGGCAAGGAGGUGAUGGUUUCCAGCGUGUGUGGCCGACCUCCCUCCCGUUCCUGUAGCGUGGUGGAGCGGGGCGACGAGCGGCCUUCUGUACGCACGUGCCAAAUCUGUGAUGCAGCCGACCCUCGCCGUGCCCACCCGGCUUCCUACCUCACCGACCUCAACUCGGCCCACAACCUCACCUGCUGGCAGUCGGAGAAUCUGAACACCUCUCCGUACAAUGUGACUCUCACCCUUUCGCUGGGUAAAAAAUUUGAGAUUACCUACGUCAGCCUGCAGUUUUGUUCACCACGACCCGAGUCCCUGGCCAUAUACAAAAGCAUGGACUAUGGCAAAAGCUGGAUGCCCUACCAGUUCUACUCCUCGCAGUGCCGCCGCAUGUACAACCGACCCAACAAAGCAACCAUCACCAAGCAGAAUGAGCAGGAAGCUCUUUGCACAGAUGGUCACACUGACCUUUAUCCGCUGUCUGGAGGGCUUAUAGCGUUCAGCACUCUGGAUGGACGGCCUUCUGGUAAAGAUUUCGACAACAGCCCAGUUCUUCAGGACUGGGUCACCGUCACUGAUAUCCGUGUGGUCUUUAGCCGGCCGCAGAUGCCCCGGGAGUUGGUACUAGGGGCCGGAGGCAACACUGGAGGGAGGGAUGAUGACCCCAUGGCAGUGACAUCAACACUCCCAACUUAUUUCUAUGCAGUGGGAGACUUCCAGGUGGGCGGGAGGUGUAAGUGCAACGGCCAUGCCUCACGCUGUCUGAAAGACAAGGAAGGUAAACUGGUGUGUGACUGCAAACACAACACGGAAGGACCUGAAUGUGACCGCUGCAAGCCCUUUCACUAUGACCGACCUUGGCAGAGGGCCAAUGCUCGUGAGGCCAAUGAAUGUCUGCCAUGCAACUGCAACCUCCACGCCCGCCGGUGUCGAUUCAACAUGGAGUUGUACAAGUUGUCAGGGAGGAAAAGUGGCGGGGUGUGCAUGAAUUGCCGCCAUAAUACCGCAGGACGCCACUGCCACUACUGCAAGGAGGGCUUCUACAGGGACAUGGCCAGACCAAUCACCCACAGGCGAGCCUGCAAAGCUUGUGACUGCCACCCUGUGGGCGCAGCAGGCAAGACAUGCAACCAGACCACAGGCCAGUGCCCCUGCAAGGACGGUGUCACGGGCAUCACCUGCAACCGCUGCGCCAAAGGGUACCAGCAGAGCCGCUCGCCCGUGGCCCCCUGCAUCAAAAUCCCUGUGGUCAACCCCACAGCUGUCGUGAGCAGCACAGAGGAACCAGCAGAUUGUGAGUCCUACUGUAAACCAGUGAAAGGCAACUUGAAGAUCAACAUGAAGAAAUACUGCAAGAAGGAUUAUGCUGUCCAAGUGAACGUGCUGGACAUGGAGACGGUGGGUGACUGGGCCAAGUUCUCCGUUAGCGUGGUGGCUGUGUACAAGAGCCGGGGCGAACCCUUAAAGCGAGGUGACAACAUCUUGUGGGUACACAUGAAGGACCUUGCCUGCAAGUGUCCCAAAAUCCAGAUGAGCAAACGAUUUUUGGUGAUGGGUGGCGCUGAAGGUGGAACGGGCCCAGGAGCAGGUCCAGGAGUCGGGCCCGGAGGUGGAGCCAGCAGUCCGGGGGCGGAGCGCAUAGGCUUGGUGGCCGAUAAGAACAGCCUGGUGAUCCAGUGGAGAGACGUUUGGACGAGACGUCUGAGGAAGUUCCAGCGCAAGGAGAAGAAGGGGAAGUGCAGCAAAGCAUGAUUGGGAAAAGCAGCGUCCAUCCCUACCUCUCCCUUCACAGCACUCAAUCACAAAUCCUGACUCUUGACUUCUCUUAUCCCCGGCCACUCGAGUCCUUUCUUCUCCUCCAUUGUGGGAACGCUGCACAUUACAAAGACUGCAUGUACCCUGCCUGUUUUAAGGACCACGUUUUGUGUAUAUUGUAUAAUUAUUUUCAUUUUUAUUUUUCAAGUUUUUUUCAUUGUAAGGCCACUUGUCUAUUUGUCCAAUUGGUUUGCCUUAAAAAGGGACCAUUAAAAAGGGUGUGAAGUGUAGACAAAAGCAGGCGCCAUUUCCCCUCUCGACGACGGCAACUGAACUGUCCAACCCCCUGCUAAAAAAUACAACCCCCUGACCUCCACCUGUCAAAACUGCCUGUCUUCUGCCAUUUUAAGGUAUUUUCAUGCAAGACUACCAAUGCUCACCCCUCACUGUUCUCUGAGGAUUUUAUUAUAGAGUGUUUAUCACUUCACAGACUGAUAUCAGCAACAAGACAAGCUACAGAUCUCCAGCUUGGCCACCUCACACUGAUGACCUUCAGCAUUUUCCUGUCAAAACAGGCCUAAUUUCUCAAGGUCUUUGCAGUAUCUUCUUUGGACUAUAGGACUUCUGUGUCCUACAAGGAACCAAGGGCUCCCUUUGCAGGGACAUUUUCCACAGCAAACCUCAGUCACACCACCACUGCUGCUGCCGCCACCACCAUACAGCCCUCACAGAAUAAACUGCUCACGUAGGCUCUUAUACGGUCAAGUACCCGAUGCCACUGCUCAUACUAGAGUUUGUAUAUCUUGUGUGGCUACUUUGCUAUCUCAGCCAUCCACAUCCUUAUUUGAGAUGUAUCCCUUUGUUGCAUUGAGCACGAGUGAGUCACAUUGCAGGCCUCUUCACCACUAUUCCCUCUUACGAGUGGUUUAUAAAGUCACCAUCAUGACUCAUGGCCUGUCACUUUGUGGAAGAUGAAGCGGUGCAGACCGAAUUUCAGAACAAAACCAACUUUUCCAUUGAGACUUUUGCGCUUCGUGGAUAUUCUCUUUGCUGGGUACAGCUCUUCCAGACGUUGCUGUGUGGCCAGCGUCACUUAUGUCUUUAAAAAUGGCCGAACAUUUCAUUGUGUUGACUGAUGAAGACUGGCAGGCUUUUGUUUGCCACAACAAGAGAUUGAAACAAGAGUUCCUUUUUCAUGCAGUAAAAACACAAAAACAAGUUGGAUAAAGAAAAGACGUAGCUGUGUUGUUGGGUUUUUUCGUUUUUGUUUUUCAUUCCUUGCUUAGUAUUUUGACAAAAUGAAUGAGCCUGGAACAUUUUUAGUGCUCACUGAUUGUAUUAUGACAUGAGAGGAUCAUAUUUCAGUCCUCAUGUGCUUUGUUAAGUUUGCAUGUUUGUGGGUUUUUUUCUUUUUCUUUUCUUUUUUUUUUUUUUUUUGCUGGUCCAUCAAAUCCUUACAGGGAGCAGAGAGAGGUAAACCAAUAUGAGCAUGAAGAUCCAAAGGAAAACUUCCCAGGUCAUCUUCCACCACUUGCCCACCCCAAAUGCAUAACCCUGUCAUGCCUUGCCAAAUAAGAGUAGUCAGUUUUUAAAUUCAAUUAAGAGACUAUGAAAGUCAGGACCAACGAAUUAACCGCAGAGAGACCCAUCUGGUUGCUCUCAAGCUUUUUAUCUGCCUUUUGCAGUUAUUUCAUUUUGUAAACGACUUUACAAUUUAUUUAAAUAGAGUACAAUAUAAACACACAGUUUAGUUGAGGGGCACAUCAAGCUCACAUAGCAGUGAGUGUUCCUACAGGCAUCUCAUGCUAGCUUGUGGUUACGCUCCUUUGGCUUUGGCGGCAUGUUUGGUUUGUCAUUCCUCCAAAAGUGUCUCUCCUCUGCUCUCGUCUGUGUGUCAGCCACAAACUCCCUCCCUCCACCUCUUUCCCCCCAACCCCCCCGAAUUCCCCUUUUAACCCAUUUUGCAUGUUGUGUAUUUAGUGUUUUAGAUAAGUGAAAGCACAGAAAGAGGCUUCCAGACUCCUCUGUGGUGUAUAGUACUGCACUGUAGUUCUUGUUUUCUGAGAAUGUAAAUCAAUCUGCAAAGAAAAGACACACAGGUAAAUGGUCUGAUUGUGUUUAUGACGUGUUAUUAGAACUGAGGACGUCUAAUGGCAUGAUAUUUGAUGCUGUUAUGAACUCUGAACAUGACUAGAUGUUGUUCAAACGAUUGUGGCUCUUCAUGCUUUUCUCUCUCAUCAAGACAUUUUUUGUUUUUGUUUUUUAUAAUACAAUGCAAAAACAAGUUGUAACCAAAAUGAAUUAUAAGCCACCACGACUUCUGAUGUGUGACAAAAAAAAAAAAAAAAAAGCAGACGUUUAAGUUUUCUAUGGCACUAUGCUGAGGGCACAAAUCCCACUGAUGGAAUUUCUCAAAAAUGCAGAAGCAGUCCUUUAUUUAUGUGUCGGCUGUCCUCUGUGACCUGUCAGACAGGUGGUGUUACAGUAGCACCCGUGUCCGCAUCUUGGUAUGUAAGUCUGGCAUUCCGAUGAAUUGUCAAAAUAUUUGCCUCAGCUCCUUGAGCACCCAACACCCUCGUGAAGGAAUUCCACAAAAUUCUUUCUCUUCUAGUUUUCACGUGAUAUGUCACACUAUAGGAACGCUUCCAAAAGAGGCUUUUUCCGAUGCCCGUUGAUCAUUUUUGCCAGUUCAGUUUACCCAAAAUGCUGGAUAGUUCUUAAACUAUACACAUGUAUAACUAUCCUGCCAGCAAAUCUUUAGAGUGUGGCACUGCAUGGGAACACAUUUACCCUAAGGGCCCCGUUGUACCAGCCAAGCAGAUAAAAGUGUACAAUCAUGUCAGGUUUUACUGCUCACAUGGUCACAGAUCAGACGGACAUGUUGUAAGAUGACUUGGUGGAGAAAAAAGUAUAGAUGGAGGCGAUUUCCCUUAUAUCAGUGCUGAUGCAGAGGUUUUUUUCGGAGUAGCGACACCUAUUGUUCCGAGGAGUACUGUAGCAGCUUCCUGCACCAUAAAUGUUUAGGACUAUAAUGAUGACGUUGCCUGUGGCGUACAAAAAGACCAGCGUGAAAGGUAUGCUGAGGUAUCCUGUCAUGCAGCUGCUGCGGCCAGAUCACACCAAUCCACCACAGCAACUGAUCUUGUCAAUAGCAACUCAUGAAACUGCUAUUGGAAAUAAGUUUCACUAUAAUGAUGUUAAACAAAAUGUUCCUGGUGUGUCACUUCUGCCAUAAAACGUUUGAAGCCAGCAGCUGAUGGAUCACCAUGUGUUAGCUAGCUAGUUUUAGCUAAAGCGCCCUUGUCUUUGUUUUAAUAGUUGAGGGCUUUUUUACCUUCAAAUCUAAAAGAGCAAAUCAAAUCAAGAUUAAGUAUGUUUGUGCUUUUGCACUGCAGUGUAAAGUGAAGGAAUCUCCACUAAAUGCACUAUAUGGACAAAAGUAGUAUACCUCACACCUACAAGAGCUUCUCAGGUACCAAAAUCCAUGUCGUGAAGCUCCUGGCACACAGCUUCUGUGCUGAUGUUAAUGCUAAACAAGGUUUGCAAAUCUGCAGUUAUUGAGUCACAGGUGCACCUUAGCGGUUGCUCUGUAACGUCACAUGGCCUUCCACUUUGUCACUAUUUUUAAACACGCCCAUGUUUGCGAUAAUACCACCGAUAGCUUAUCGUAGAAUAUCUGGAAGAGGGGAAAAAAUUACACAUGUGAUGGAUUUCAAUGAGCUCUUUAGAACUGAUCUUUCACAAAUGCUUGUAAAAGCAGACUGCGUUGCUAGGUGCUUCAUUUUAUACACCUGUGGCAAUGGGUUUGAAAACACUUGAAUUCAUUAAAAGGUGUGGUCCAAAAUCUUUUGUCCAUGUAGAGUUCAAGUAAAACAUCACCAGAAUGGAGCGGGAUCACAUCUUUGUGUGAAUCCUUUAAAAAGGAUUGUAAACAUUCAUGGAUUGUAAAAGAUGAAAUAUUUACACGGUUCUCCUGCAGUUCUGUGGAGUGUCUGGUAUGUAAGCUGGAAAAAAAAUACAGUUUUCCCUGCAGGCCUCUGCACAGGUCACAUGAUCGAAAACUACAAACCAGCUUUUCCUUUUCUUAAGUGCCCAUCCUGAACAUCGAAAUCAAAAAAGGUUAAAAUUGGCCAGAUUUUGUUUGAGUGGGGGGUUAGGGGGUGGAAGUGUAGCGCUUGUGAAAGCUAUUUUGUGAGCCUCAUAGAGAGAGCCAUCCUGUUGUUUUAUAUUAACAAGCCCAGCAGCUUGGCAGUGGAACUGAGACCAUAACUGCUUCACUUUGCUUCCUCCCCCCUGUUUUUUUUUUCCACAGCAUUUAUAGCAUUCACAGGUGUGUGAGUUUGUGUGUUUAAUUAACCUUCCCGAGCAAACAAGUGACACGCACAACUUGCAGAGAGGUGAGAGGAAACUUAUUUGAAGUUUAGUGUUUUUGGGUGGGGGUAGGGUUCUGAAACGGUCCAUGAUGAAGAAUUAUAUCACACACAUUUUCUUGGUCAACUUCCCAUUGUUUGUUUUUUGACUAUUUUUUUCUUUUUUUUUGUGCACAUGCGUCAUUUUCAUCCACACAUUUGGCUUGUCCGGAUGCAUUUUUUUUUUAAAUAUUGUAAAUAUGUACUGAACUGCCUCUGCCGUUUAUGUUGUCUUUUGUAAAGCAUCACUUAGCCUGGGAUGACUCACAUUUAUGGAUGUACAAACCAGAUGAUUAUGGAUGUUAUAUGGAUGUAGAAACCAGGAACAUAUGCUUUCGUGAUCACGACCAGAAGACGUGGUUCAGAUAUUACACAGAAUGUAUUCCUUUCGGUUUUAUGUUGUUUCCAGACAACAACCACCCAAUUGUAAAUGACUUUGAGGUGAAUGGAGUAAAAACGUGACUGACUGGACCCUCUGCUUUUCCCAUAGAGGUACAGAUGGAAACUGACACACAAAGCCCACCAUGUCCUGUUACAUUAAUGUCCUGGGAAUAAUGGUUCACUCACACAAAAAUUGUCCACCUACCUUUUUGGGGGGAACAAAGGGAUCCUGCCCUCAGUCUAGCACUGCUUUUCACUUCUGUUAUAUCGAAGUCUUCCUUGUACAUUUUCCUCUGAGGCAAUGAACCACUGACUUUUUAAUCUAAAUGGUAAAAAAUAAAUUAUUAGGUAAUGAACUGUG